AACUAGAGAGGAGUUGUCAAAUUAUAUAACCUAAUUGAAGUCCAUUUUGUGUAACCCUACAAGUUGAACAACAUGGUCGUUUCAUCACCUGCAAUGGCUGCAGACGGCCUCGUCUACAACAUCAAGAUAUCCUCCGUCGGCCCGGCCAACGUAACGGGUUCUGACCUCAUCUACGAGCCCGAAACCAUGGGCUUGGCAAUGAAGCUCCACUACAUAAGAGGCAUAUACUACUUUGGGAGCCAAGCAUUCGAGGGUUUGAGCACCCUCGUCAUAAAGGAACCUAUGUUCACGUGGUUGAACAAGUAUCCUCAAGUCUGCGGACGUUUCAGGAGGACUGAAACGGGCCGGGCUUACUUAAAGUGCAACGACUGCGGUGUGAGGUUCGUGGAGGCUAAGUGUGACAAAACCCUUGAUGAGUGGCUGGAGAUGAAGGAUGCCACCCUUGAGAAACUCCUUGUUAGGGAUCAAGCUCUCGGCCCGGAACUCGGGUUUUCGCCCCUCGUUUACAUACAGUUAACUAAAUUCAAAUGUGGAGGAACGGCUGUGGGCCUAAGUUGGUCCCAUGUUCUUGGCGAUGCGUUCUCGGCCGCAGAAUUCAUGAACAUGUUGGGCCGGGCAGUGGCGGGGUAUGAUCUGGGCCAGCCCACUAGUUUGGCCCAUUCUCGCACAAAGGUUACAACCCCCAAUGGCCCGGAAAAAGUCGGUGACGAUCCGCUAUCCAUCAAACGGGUCGGGCCGGUUGGAGAUCAUUGGGUCAAUGUCACUAAAUGCAAGAUGGAAGCCUUCUCCUUCAAUGUCACACCUACACAAUUGAGCCAUCUUCAAUCAAAGCUAAGUCCAAAUGGAACUCAAUUUGGUGCAUUUGAAGCUCUUUCAGCUGUCAUUUGGCAAUGCAUUGCCAAAAUUCGGGAAUGGGACUCCAAUGUUGUGACAAUUUGCAAGGGAAGUGAAGAAAGCAAGACGUGUGAUGGUACUUUGAGCAAUAGUCAAGUUGUGAGUGUGGUUAACGCUAAUUUUCAGAUAUUGGACUCCAACCCUAGUGAGCUAGCGUUGUUGGUGCAAAACGGGGCGUUGGAUGAGAGAGAGAAGAUCGAAGAAGCUAUGGAGAGAGAUGGCGGACUGCCAGAUUUCAUCGUUUAUGGUGCAAAAUUGACUUUUGUGAACCUUGAAGACGCAAGAUUUUAUGCGUUUGAGUAUAGGGGGCAGAGGCCGGUCAACAUUAGCUAUAGGAUUGAGGGAGUUGGAGAGGAAGGGACAAUUUUGGUGCUUCCGGGGCCGAAAGGGGACGAUGGGGGGAGGAGUGUUAUGGCGAUAUUGCCGGAGAAUGAGAUUGAAGAGCUUAAAUUGGAGUUGAAAAGGGAGGGUCUUAUGGCAUGAACAAGUUAUGAAUGUGUUGUGCAUCCAAAUAUGGACUUUUCAUUGUGGUUUGAGUGAGCCUUUUUCUUUUCCUCUUAUCUAAAGCUUUUAAAUUUUAUGUAAUGUUCUUCAUGAGCAAUGGCAAAUUUAGAAGUUGUGCAUGUAGUUCUUCUACCAAUUAAUCAUAUCAACAAUUCUUCAAGACUUGACGACAGAUUGUUUAGGAAAUGUUGGUUGUGGAAAUAAAUGGUAAAAUAGUAUUGUUUCUUGCAAAUAGUGGUUAUAUUAAUAAGAUCUUCGAGUUGUGUUCUUU